GCAGUCGACGUAACGGACGGCGGAGGCUACGUGAAGAGUGGGGCGGCGUGAGUGAGCUGCCGGCUAUUGCUGUGUCCUAGAGGCACCAGGGGCACUGAAACCGCGGUGACCGCGCAGGCGGCGGCCUGGCCGAGCGGCCCGUGGGGUAGAGGUGGCAGACGCAGGAGCUCUGAGCCGGCUUCUAGCCCCCGGUACAGGUGCCAUGAAAGUCUUCCUUGCUUUCUGUGUUGUCCUUUUGGUGUUCGGAAGUGUCUCUGAAGCUAAGUUUGAUGAUUUUGAGGAUGAGGAAGACAUAGUAGAAUAUGAUGAUAAUGAUUUUGCUGAAUUUGAAGAUGUCACAGAAGAUUCUGUUACUGAAUCUCCUCAACGGGUGAUUACCACUGAAGAUGAUGAAGAUGAGACUACUGUAGAGUUAGAAGGGCAGGAUGAGAACCAAGAAGGAGAUUUUGAAGAUACCGAUACCCAGGAGGGAGAUACCGAGGGUGAGCCAUAUGAUGAUGAAGAAUUUGAAGGUUAUGAAGACAAACCAGAUACUUCUUCUGGCAAAAAUAAAGACCCAAUAACAAUUGUUGAUGUUCCUGCACACCUCCAAAACAGUUGGGAGAGUUAUUAUCUAGAAAUUUUGAUGGUGACUGGUCUGCUCGCCUACAUCAUGAACUAUAUCAUCGGGAAGAAUAAAAACAGUCGCCUUGCUCAGGCCUGGUUUAACUCUCAUAGAGAGCUUUUGGAGAGUAACUUUACAUUAGUAGGGGAUGAUGGGACAAACAAAGAAGCCACAAGUACGGGAAAGCUGAACCAGGAGAAUGAGCAUAUCUACAACCUGUGGUGUUCUGGUCGAGUGUGCUGUGAGGGGAUGCUUAUCCAGCUCAGAUUCCUCAAGAGACAGGACUUACUGAACGUCCUGGCCCGUAUGAUGAGGCCAGCAAGUGAUCAAGUGCAAAUAAAAGUAACCAUGAAUGAUGAAGACAUGGAUACGUAUGUGUUUGCUAUUGGUGCUCGGAAAGCCCUGGUACGACUGCAGAAAGAGAUGCAGGAUCUGAGUGAGUUUUGUAGUGACAAACCUAAGUCUGGAGCAAAGUAUGGACUGCCAGACUCCUUGGCCAUCCUGUCAGAGAUGGGAGAAGUCACAGAGGGAAUGAUGGAUACCAAGAUGGUCCACUUUCUUACACACUACGCUGACAAGAUUGAAUCUGUUCAUUUUUCAGACCAGUUCUCGGGUCCAAAAAUUAUGCAAGAGGAAGGUCAGCCUCUGAAGCUGCCUGAAACUAAGAGGACUCUACUGUUUACAUUUAAUGCGCCUGGUUCAGGCAACACUUACCCAAAGGAUAUGGAGGCUUUGCUGCCCCUGAUGAACAUGGUGAUUUACUCUAUUGACAAAGCUAAAAAGUUCCGACUCAACAGAGAAGGCAAACAAAAAGCAGAUAAGAACCGAGCUAGAGUGGAAGAGAAAUUCUUGAAGUUGACACAUGUGCAAAGACAGGAAGCUGCUCAGUCUCGGCGUGAGGAGAAGAAAAGAGCAGAGAAGGAGCGGAUCAUGAAUGAGGAAGAUCCUGAGAAACAGCGCAGACUCGAGGAAGCUGCCUUGAGACGUGAGCAGAAGAAACUGGAAAAGAAGCAAAUGAAAAUGAAACAAAUCAAGGUGAAAGCCAUGUAAAGCCAUCCCAGGGAUCUGAGUCCUGAUGCCACCUAUCAGCUCUGAAUUCACAGGAGACAUAAAAAAUACCAGUCCAUUUCUCAUCUGAAAGUUCAAACACUCCAAGUGACUGACAUUCUUAUUUCAUCAUCUGUUCUGUUUUUGGUUUGGAGUUUUACAGAAGUUAGAAAUACAUUGGAAGGACUGUUUCAGUAAUUUUCUUCCAGAUAAUGACAUUAUUUUGAUUAUUUUACAAAAGGAAUGAUAUAUGAACUAUGUAGUUUUAAAAUUCUUUUAAAAUUAUAACAUGAAUCAUCAGUGCUUUUAGUGCUAUUAUAAUUUGAAGAAAUAUCAUGAGUUUAUAGAUAAACAAUUAGAUUGUUGCUUUUUGUUUAAAUUGGACAGUUGAAAUGGCUAUAAAGAAUGACCCUAAACCAAGAUUCCACAAAUAACAAUAAACACUGCUUGUUUUCUUCUGUGUCUACAUCAAACUUGUAAAAAAAUAAAACUUAGAACACUA